CAGACUACAGGGAGGCAUUUGGCCUUUUCGACAGGGUGGGUGACAACAAGGUGGCUUACAACCAGAUCGCUGACAUCAUGCGCGCUUUGGGACAGAACCCCACCAACAAGGAGGUGAACAAAAUCCUGGGAAACCCCUCUGCUGAAGAAAUGGCUAACAAGAGAGUAGAGUUCGAGGGCUUCCUGCCAAUGCUCCAGACCGUCGUUAACAGCCCAAACAAGGCCGGGUACGAAGACUACGUUGAGGGUCUGCGUGUCUUCGACAAGGAGGGCAACGGCACAGUGAUGGGUGCUGAGCUGCGUAUCGUCCUGUCAACACUGGGAGAGAAGAUGAAUGAGGCCGAGAUUGAUGCUCUCAUGCAGGGACAGGAAGAUGAGAAUGGCUGUGUCAACUAUGAGGCCUUUGUCAAGCACAUCAUGUCUGUUUAAGGACCCUGCCACUGCAGUGGUGAACAUUGCAUAUGCGCAGACCCCAUGGUGUCGAGACAUCCACUCGCUGUUUCCAACACCAUCUGAGGAAACAGGGGAACAAAGGACUAUGAGAUAUUUCUUAACCCUUCUUUGGUUUUUUUUUUUUCUUUUUUGUCCAACUGGUGCUUCUCCCACCCUCUCUUCCUCCUUCUCCCCUUCCAACCAUUUUGGACACCUUCCUUAUUUCCCACAAGAUGUUUCCUUGAUCUGCUUCACCUAAGUCGCCCUGUCUCGGUGGGGUUUUUGUCUCCACUGGUUUUCAGAGGAACAGAACGAGGGAAGGUGGAACGAUGGCAUCCAUCAUCUCCCGUCACUUA